UCAAACGCGAUCAACAACAACGAAACAUCAGGCCGGUCGCGCGUUUUACAUUCGCAAUAUUUUUUAAUUUCAAAUUUAGUGAGAAAAACUAGUGAAAAAUGCUCGCCCUUCAGCCAGGAACGACCACCACCGGCAUUCCGGACAAGCUGUGGCAGCCGCACUUUGUCACGUUUGAAACGAGCAUGGGUGAAAUCUCGAUCGAGCUGUACUGGAAGCACGCCCCCAACACGUGCCGCAACUUUGCCGAGCUGACGCGCCGUGGCUACUACAACGGAACGAUCUUCCACCGCAUUAUCCGCGACUUUAUGAUCCAGGGCGGUGAUCCGACGGGCACGGGCCGGGGUGGAAGCUCGAUCUACGGGGCCACCUUUGCGGACGAGCUGAACGGGGACCUGAAGCACACCGGGGCGGGGAUUUUGUCGAUGGCCAAUUCCGGACCGGAUACCAAUGGGUCGCAGUUCUUUAUCACGUUGGCGCCGACGCAGUGGCUGGAUGGGAAGCAUACUAUUUUCGGACGGAUUCACACGGGGAUGCAGGUCGUGAAGCGGAUAGGACUGGCCGAGACGGAUAAAAAUGAUCGCCCGGUGGAGCAGGUCAAGAUUUUGAAGGGUAAGGUGGAGAAGUAUUGAGGGUGGGGUGAAUAAAAGGAGGUUUAAGAGUUA